AUGUCAAACCUUGCCAAACUUGAAUUCGUGGCCCUUGAUAUCACUAGAAAGAACUAUUUAUCAUGGGUGUUAGAUGCUGAAAUACACCUAGAUGCUAAAGGCCUUGGUGAAACCAUUAAGGAGGGUAAUAAAGCAACACUCCAAGAUAAGGCAAAGGCCAUGAUAUUCCUUCGCCAUCACCUCCAUGAAGGACUCAAAAAUGAAUAUUUAACUGUGAAAGACCCACAAAUCCUUUGGAGUAAUCUAAAGGAAAGUGAAUAUAACUCAGCUAUGUUUAAAAUCACUUCUAAGUUGCAAUUAUGUGGAGAAAAUAUUACUGAUUCAGAAAUGCUUGAAAAGACAUACUCCACUUUCCAUGCAAAUAAUAUUGUCCUGCAGACACAAUAUAGAGAAAAAGGUUUUAAAAAAUAUUCUGAAUUAAUAUCUUGUCUUCUUGUGGCUGAGCAAAAUAACGAGCUGUUAAUGAAAAAUCAUGAAUCACGUCCUACUGGCUCUACUCCAUUCCCUGAAGCGAAUGUGACAACCCAUAACGGGAAAGAAACUAAAAACAGAGACCAUUCCAACAGUAGUGGUCGAGGUAGAGGUCGUGGUCACAGUCGUGGCCAAUGGCGUGGUCGCGGUCGUGGGCGUGGUUUUAGUGGAUAUGGUAGAGGUCGUGGAGGUCAUUACCCAAAUUCACAUUCCCACCAGAAGUGGGAACGUAGGGAUGAUAAAGAGAAAAGUGAGACCAAUAUAUGUUACCGUUGUGGAGGAAAAGGCCAUUGGUCUCGGGUUUGUAGAACUCCAAAGCAUCUUGUUGAACUUUAUCAAGAAUCAUUGAAGAAAGGAAAGAAAGUGGAGAACAUGGAUAUUACUCAAGUUCAGUUUGCUAUGAAUGGUGAAGAAUUAUGUCUUGCUGACAGUGCAACUACUCAUACAAUACUUAGAAAUAAAAAAUAUUUCUCUAAUUUGAUGAUGAAAAGGAUUAAUGUGAGUACCAUAUCGGGUAGUACAAAUAUCAUUGAGGGCUCCGGAAGAGCCACUAUAAAACUGCCUUGGGGAACUGAAAUUAAAAUAAUUGAUGCUUUAUACUCCCCAUUGUCUCAAAGAAAUUUAUUAAGUUUUAAGGAUAUUCGCAACAAUGGUUAUCAUAUUGAGACAAUCAAUGAAGAAAAUAACGAAUUCCUUCAAAUCACAAAUAUAACUCAAGGCACAAAACAUGUUUUGGAGAAACUCCCUACAUUCUCCAGUGGUUUGUACUACACAAAAAUCAAUACUAUUUAA